AUGGUGCAAUAUGUCAUCUGUCAGACGACAUCUCAAUGUGCAAGCUCGCAUCGCGAUGGCCAGUCUGCGGCUUCCGCGAAGGUCCAACUCCAACGAUUCUUCGCGCGCGACAAGGACCAUGCUGACAUUAUCUGGCAGAGUCCGUUGGUCGUGGAGUAUUUGCAAAAGGCAACGUGGCCGCUGACGAAAGCGGCGAAGACCCGUGGACGGCACCGGAGUGAGGUGACGAAUCGAGAAGAAGAGAGCGACGACAACUGGGACGUUCUACACAGAUACGAAGACCGAGUAGACAAGCUGGCGUUUGAGAUUCACUUCGUCUCGAAGUUUAGCAAAUAUAGGGAUAUUCUGAAUACGUGCCUGGGGCUUCCGGGUCUUACCGAGGACGAUGUCGCAGUCAAAGAAGAAGAGUGGAUGUGGCGUGGCUUGCUCAACGAGACAUUUCACGCCCUCGCCGCUCGCCACGGGCUGAAGACACUCGAGAUACGCAGCAUACUUCCCAAAGCCUGUUCGACUUUCUACACAUCGGAAUGGCGGACUCUGAUCGAAGGACUGGAUGACCUGGACAUCGAACUCUGGGGCGGUCAUGGUGGGUAUCAUGCCUCUGAUUUUGGAUAUAAAGGAGGCCUCGGUGUCCUCCGAUCGACCACCACGGAUGGAUAUCUCGACUUCGUGGAGCGAACGAACGACUUCUUCUUCGCACAUUGCAAGUCUGCGACUCGGCUGAGGCUCGCGGCGGAUGUCAAUACUCCGAUCGGCAUGGCUGGCGAGAAACCUCACGUUGCGAUUCCUUUGAAGCCUGAGGAUCUACCAAAGUUGACGCAUUUUGAAUUGGAGAAUUGCGUCCUCGAUCCUGCUCUGGGAAGAUACAUCAAUGCGCACAGCCAGAAAUUAAGAUCACUGGGCUUGACAAAUUGUCAUACACGUUUGUUACGAUCCCGUCGAAAAGAAGCAUAUUGGCUUUGCUAA